UACUCUCUAUCAAAUUUUUACUAUUUUACAAUUUUUUCCCUUGCACCUGUGAAGCUUGUGACUGUUCCCAUCUGGGAAAUAAUUGUGAUCCCAAGACUGGUCAGUGCAUUUGCCCUCCCAAUACCAUUGGAGAGAAAUGUUCUAAAUGUGCGCCUAGUACCUGGGACCACAGCAUCACCACUGGUUGUAAGGCUUGUAACUGCAGCACAGUGGGAUCCUUGGAUUUCCAAUGUAAUAUAAACACGGGCCAAUGCAGCUGUCACCCCAAAUUCUCCGGUGCCAAAUGUACAGAGUGCAACCGAGGUCACUGGAACUACCCUCACUGCAGUCCCUGCGAGUGCUUCCUGCCCGGGACUGACGACAGGACCUGUGACCCAGAGACUGAAAAGUGCUCCUGUGUUGAUCAGACUGGGCAGUGCACCUGUAAGGUGAACGUAGAAGGUGUCCACUGUGAUAGGUGCCGGCCGGGCACAUUUGGACUUGAUGCCAAGAACCCACUAGGCUGCAGCAACUGUUAUUGUUUCGGGGCUACUACCCAGUGCUCUGAAGCAAAAGGCCUGAUCCGUACGUGGGUGACUCUGAAGCCUGAGCAGACCAUUCUGCCCCUGGUGGACGAGGCCCUGAAGCACACCACUACCAAAGGCAUCGUUUUUCAACACCCAGAGAUUGUUGCACACAUGGACCUCAUGAGACAGGAACUCCAUCUGGAACCUUUUUAUUGGAAACUUCCAGAACAGUUUGAAGGAAAGAAGUUGAUGGCCUAUGGCGGCAAACUCAAGUACACAAUCUAUUUUGAGGCUCGGGAAGAGACAGGUUUCUCUACCUAUAAUCCUCAAGUUAUCAUUCGAGGUGGUACCCCUACGCAUGCUAGAAUUAUCACCAGGCAUAUGGCUGCUCCUCUAAUUGGCCAAUUGACACGGCAUGAAAUCGAAAUGAUGGAGAAAGAAUGGAAAUAUUAUGGUGAUGAUCCUCGAAUCAGUAGAACAGUGACCCGUGAAGACUUCUUGGAUAUUCUAUAUGAUAUUCAUUAUAUUCUUAUCAAGGCAACUUAUGGAAAUAUCAUGAGACAAAGCAGGAUUUCUGAGAUCUCGAUGGAGGUAGCCGAGCAAGGGCACCUAACAGCCGUGACUCCUCCAGCUCGCUCAAUAGAAAGAUGUGAUUGUCCCCCAGGCUAUUCUGGUUUGUCCUGUGAGGAAGAGUAUAAUAUAGGGGAAAGUGGGAUGGAUGGGAAGCUGGACUGGUUUGAAUCUCGACUUCACCAUAUACCAGGACUGAGACCUUGCACCAUUUACUAA